AUGCCCAGCCCGGACACGACAAGUCUUCAGAGAUUCGUGGACGCUUCGUUGGAUUUCCUGGAACGUUGGACACCAAUCCGAAGACAAGGCCCACGCCAAGAUGCCCCCAAGGAGUAUGGAUCGAAUCAUCACCGCCGUCAUCAUCGUUCGAAGAGUCCCCAGAGGCAUCGCCGCCACGAGAGUCCAAGAAAGGAUAGACACGGGGAUAAGAAACCUGCUGGUGCCAAUCGUACCGGUCGAAGCCCCAGUCCAAUCAACGGGGUAGCAAGGAAACAACCUCAUGGUCAGAAGGAUCUGGAAGAAGGACGAGGAGGAGACGACGAUGAUUUAUUGGCUCUCAAGUACGUAAGAGCUAGAAUGGAGACCAUGGCAUCUGAUUCCGAUGCUUCAUCAGUUGGGGAGAACCAAGCCGCCAUUCCUCCAGCUCUGGACGAGGAUGCAGAGGCCAAAAUGAAGGCUCGACCACCACCACCAGCUAUUGGACAACAACAAUCUGCAAUAGUACCUCAACGACCCGGUGCUUACAAAGGAGCUCCCGGGGAAGGAUUGCAACGCAACAGCGACGUUCGAUAUUCCCGUAUCAAUGUACCAUUGGACUUGGGCAGCAGCAGCAAAAUUGCUUCCUUCAAGAGCAGUUAUACUACUACUACAAGUAGUCCCCAUAAUCAACAAUCUUCUACCGUUUUUUCUUCUUCCAUGCGAGCAGAAGAACCGGGAGCCUUGGCAUCCAUUCCGGACUAUGACAACAUUCCUCCUCCAACCGAGCCCUUGACCAUUCCCGCAGAAAGCAAUGUCAUGAUUAGUGCCACAUUGGUCGAGAAUGAAGAUGUAGUCACGGCCGAAAAGGCACCGGAAGAUUUUGAAGCACUACGACAAAACAGUAAAACCAAAUACGUGAUGGCAUGCAUUCUGAUGGUCCUCCUCGCUCUGGGGAUCCCCAUGGUGGUGGUGUUGACCACCAAGAAAACCGAAGAGAUUUUGGUACGCCCCAACAUUACCGUGCUGAUUUGCGGGACGGCCAGCACCAAUCAAGCCGACUAUCGAGGACGACAGAAUACCAGUGAAACGGGCAUUCCCUGUCAACGAUGGGACUCGCAAUUUCCCAACAGCCACAAUUACUCGCCCGAGAGAUUCCCCGAUGCCAACCUUUCCGAAAACUAUUGUCGCAAUCCCAAUGGCGCGAGUCGGGCGUGGUGCAUUGCCAACACGGCGGGAGGUCCCACGAGAAAGCUAGACUGCGAUGUACCAUUUUGUGAUGCCAUAGAUGGCACGAUCAAUGUCAAUCUUUGUGGUACCCUCCGGGGCAAACGACAAUCGGACUAUCGGGGUACCAUCAAUGUGACCAAUCAAGGAGUGCCCUGUUUGCCGUGGAGUAUGUGGCAAUAUGCCGACCAAUACGCGGGUUUGGAGGAAAACUAUUGUCGCAAUCCGACACAAGAGUCUGCGGCGUGGUGUUUUGCGGGCAACCAAACAACUCCGGAGGAAGUGUUCUUUAGUUACUGUCA